UGGACGCUGCUGGCUCCUCGUGGCUGCCUGGGAAGGGGCCCGUGGCGUGGCUGGAGCUCUGUUGUUCCUCGAGCACCAGGCCCUACCUUGGCUCAGGUCCCUAGGAUCCCUGCACUGAUAUCUCUUAAAUCCUCUCCCCACCCCCAUUUCUGUCUGUCACCCCCAGAGGUCAUCAAGACCCUGAUUGUGAAGGGGAAGGCGCCGGUGGAUCCUGAGUGCUUGGCUAAACUGGGGAAGGCCCACAUUUACUGUGAAGGGGACGACGUCUACGACGUGAUGCUCAACCAGACCAAUCUCCAGUUCAACAACAACAAGUUCUACGUCCUACAGCUGCUGGAGGACGAUGGGCCGCGGAGCUACAGCGUCUGGACGCGCUGGGGGCGCGUGGGGCGGCCGGGCCAGCACGCGCUGGUGUCCUGCGCUGGGGACCUUGCCCAGGCCAAGGAGAUCUUCACUAAGAAGUUCCUCGACAAGACCAAAAACCACUGGGCCGAGCGGUGCAACUUCCAGAAAGUGCCUGGCAAGUACGACCUGCUGCACAUGGACAGCCGGCCCCCCGCCGCAGAGCCGAGCUGCGCGGGAGCCCCCCAGCCCAAACCAGCCUCACGACUGGACCACCGAGUGCAGGCGCUGCUGGGGCUGAUCUGCGACCUGCAGGCCAUGGAGGAGAUGGUGCUGGAGAUGAAGUAUGACACCAAGAAGGCUCCUCUCGGGAAGCUGACGGUGGAGCAGAUCCGUGCUGGGUUCCAGUCACUGCAGAAGGUGGAGGCAGUUCUGCGGGCCGGGGACACUGGACGGGCCCUGCUGGAAGCCUGCAACGAGUUCUACACCCGUGUGCCCCAUGACUUUGGGCUUCGGACACCCCCAUUGAUCCGGACGUGGCAGGAGCUUCAGGAGAAGGUGCAGCUGCUGGAGGCCCUGGGCGAGAUCCAGAUCGCCAUCAAGCUGGCGCGCUUGGAGCUGCAUGGCCAGGAGCACCCACUGGACCGGAGCUACCGCACGCUGGGCUGUGAGCUCCACCCCCUGGAGCGGGACUCUGCCCACUUCCAGGUGCUGGAGCGGUACCUGCUCUCCACCCAUGCGCCCACCCACCGUGACUACUCCAUGGAGCUGCUGGAGGCUUUCACCCUGCGCCGGGCCGGCGAGUCCCCCUUCCGCGCCAGCCUGCCCAACCGGACGUUGCUGUGGCAUGGCUCCCGGCUGGGCAACUGGGUGGGGAUCCUGAGCCAGGGGCUGCGAGUGGCGCCCCCUGAGGCCCCCGUCACCGGCUACAUGUUUGGGAAGGGCAUCUACUUCGCAGACAUGUCGUCCAAGAGCGCCAAUUACUGCUUCGCCUCGCGCCAGCGUGACGUGGGCCUGCUGCUGCUGUGCGAGGUGGCCCUGGGUGAGUGCCAGGAGCUGCUGGAGGCGAAUGCUGAGGCUGGGAAGCUGCCGCCCGGGAAGCACAGCACCAAGGGGCUGGGGAAGCUGGCACCUGCCCCCACCAAUAGCAUCAUGCUGGAUGGGGCUGCAGUGCCGCUGGGCCCACCCAUGGAGACGGACGUGACGAACCCCCACGGCUACACCCUCAACUACAACGAGUUCGUCGUCUACGACCCGGGCCAGGUGCGGAUGCGCUACCUGCUCCAAGUGCGCUUCAGCUUCGCCCCGCUGUGGUGACAGGCCGCCCGGUCGGGAGACACCCCCUUCCCCCCCCCCUGGGAUUCCUGGGGAAAUGUCCCUCUGGCUGCUUUCUACAGCAAUAAAUUUGGUACCAGCCCUGA